CCUCAGGGGUUGUGGUCCCACACCAUCUACUGGGGCAACAAUGGGCCAUUUCCAGCAGGGACGGUGCAGCAUUGCCCUGGCUGCCUGAUUGCCACACACCCCCAGAGAAUCACACUGUCUGAAAAGUGGAAGUGACAAAAGAGGAGCUCCACCAGCCAAGGCUCCAGUACGUGAAGAGAAGGAAGAAGGCAAUCUCCUAAUUGGUACCAUAUACAUCAGAUGGAUGGUUUCUAGCCUGCUUCCAAACCCCACCUCGGCUGAGUGUUGGGCAGCCCUUCUACAUGAUCCUAUGACUCUUGAUAUGGACGCAGUCCUGUCAGACUUUGUUCGGUCCACGGGGGCAGAACCUGGUCUGGCCAGAGACCUGCUGGAAGGCAAAAACUGGGACCUGACAGCCGCUCUGAGUGACUAUGAGCAGCUCCGACAGGUGCACACAGCCAACCUGCCACAUGUGUUCAACGAGGGCAGGUGUCCCAAGCAGCCAGAGCGAGAGCCACCGCAGCCCGGGCACAAGGUGGAACGGCCCUGCCUUCAGAGGCAGGACGACAUCGCCCAAGAAAAGCGACUUUCUCGGGGAAUUUCCCACGCCAGCUCGGCUAUCGUCUCCCUGGCCAGGUCCCACGUGGCCAGUGAGUGCAACAAUGAGCAGUUCCCCCUGGAGAUGCCCAUCUACACAUUCCAGUUGCCGGAUCUGAGCGUGUACAGUGAAGACUUCAGGAGUUUCAUCGAACGGGACUUGAUCGAGCAGGCGACCAUGGUGGCUUUGGAGCAGGCAGGUCGCCUGAACUGGUGGUCCACUGUGUGCACGAGCUGUAAACGGCUUCUUCCUUUGGCCACUACAGGAGAUGGGAACUGCCUUUUACACGCCGCCUCUCUGGGAAUGUGGGGGUUUCACGACCGGGACCUGGUUUUGCGGAAAGCUCUCUACACCAUGAUGAGGACAGGGGCUGAAAGGGAAGCCCUAAAGCGAAGGUGGAGGUGGCAGCAGACACAGCAGAACAAGGAGUCAGGGCUGGUGUACACCGAGGAGGAAUGGGAGCGGGAGUGGACUGAGCUACUGAAAUUGGCAUCCAGCGAGCCACGCACGCACUUCAGCAAGAACGGUGGCACAGGCGGGGGUGUGGACAACUCUGAGGACCCCGUGUAUGAGAGUCUAGAAGAGUUCCAUGUGUUUGUCCUCGCCCACAUAUUAAGAAGACCAAUAGUUGUCGUAGCAGAUACGAUGUUGAGGGACUCAGGUGGAGAAGCAUUUGCUCCAAUCCCAUUUGGAGGGAUUUACCUGCCUUUGGAGGUGCCUCCCAACAGGUGCCAUUGCUCACCUCUGGUUCUUGCCUAUGAUCAAGCGCAUUUCUCUGCCCUGGUGUCCAUGGAGCAGAGAGAUCAGCAAAGAGAACAAGCCGUGAUCCCUCUGACGGAUUCGGAGCACAAGCUGCUGCCUCUGCACUUUGCAGUGGACCCCGGGAAGGACUGGGAGUGGGGCAAAGACGACAACGAUAACGCCCGGCUGGCCCACCUGAUCCUGUCGCUAGAAGCCAAGCUGAACCUUCUGCACAGCUACAUGAACGUGACGUGGAUCCGGAUCCCCUCGGAGACCCGGGCCCCUCUGGCACAGCCGGAAUCCCCAACAGCCUCUGUGGGGGAGGACGUGCAGUCCCUGGCCGACUCCCUGGACUCGGACCGCGACUCGGUGUGCAGCAAUUCCAACAGCAAUAAUGGCAAGAAUGGCAAAGACAAAGAGAAAGAGAAGCAACGCAAGGAAAAGGACAAGACCCGCGCGGACUCCGUGGCCAACAAGCUGGGCAGCUUCAGCAAGACGCUGGGCAUCAAGCUGAAGAAAAACAUGGGUGGCCUGGGAGGUCUCGUGCACGGCAAGAUGGGCCGCGCUAACUCCGCCAACGGCAAGAACGGCGACGCCCCCGAGCGCAGCAAGGAGAAGAAGACCAAGUCACGCAAGGGCAGCAAGGAGGAAUCGGGUGCGUCGGCUAGCACGUCUCCGUCGGAAAAGACCACGCCGUCGCCCACGGACAAGGCGGCCGGGGCGUCGCCGGCCGAGAAGGGCGGUGGGCAGCGGGGCGACGCCUGGAAGUACAGCACGGACGUGAAGCUGAGCCUCAACAUCCUGCGCGCCGCCAUGCAGGGCGAGCGCAAGUUCAUCUUCGCCGGCCUGCUGCUCACCAGCCACCGGCACCAGUUCCACGAAGAGAUGAUAGGCUACUACCUGACCAGCGCGCAGGAGCGCUUCAGUGCCGAGCAGGAGCAGCGGCGCCGCGACGCCGCCGCCGCCGCCGCCGCCGCCUCCACGGCGAAGCGGCCGCCGCGCAGGCCUGAGACCGAAGGUGCGCCGGGCUCCGAGCGCGCCUCGCCAGGCCCGCCGGCCGGGCCGCCCACGCAGCUGGUGCUCAAGCUCAAGGAGCGCCCGAGUCCCGGGCCGGCGGCGGGCACGCGGGCGGCGCGGGCGGCAGCGGGCGGCGCGGCCUCCCCGGGCCCGGGCGGCGGCGGCGGCGGCGCGCGACGCGCUGGCGCCAGCGGACCGCUCCCUGGCCGCAGCCCGCCGGCGCCGGCGCGCCAGAGCGUCAUCCACGUGCAGUCGGCGGGCGCGCGGGACGAGGCGUGCGCGCCGACCGUGGGCGCGCUGCGGCCAUGCGCCACGUACCCGCAGCAGAACCGCUCGCUGUCGUCGCAGAGUUACAGCCCGGCGCGCGCCGCCGCCCUGCGCACCGUCAACACGGUCGAGUCGCUGGCGCGCGCCGUGCCCGGCGCUCUGCCCGGCGUGGCGGGGGCGGCCGGCACCGCCGAGCACAAGUCGCAGACCUACACCAACGGCUUCGGCGCCGCGCGCGACGGCCUGGAGUUCGCCGACGCCGACGCGCCGGCCGCCCGCUCGAACGGUGAGUGCGGCCGCGGCGGCCUGGGGCUGGCUCAGCGGCGCUGCCAGCGCGAGAACUGCGCGUUCUACGGACGCGCCGAGACCGAGCACUACUGCUCCUACUGCUACCGCGAGGAGCUGCGGCGGCGGCGCGAGGCGCGCGGGGCCCGACCCUGAGUGCGGCGCGCGCUCCGCCAGCUUUUACCAUAAAGGAUUUCUUUUCCAUUCUGUCGGUGUCUUUUUUACAUGCCCUGGUCAACCGGAAGGCCGGCGACUCCUCUGUCAGUGCUGUGUACGUGUUUGGUCAAACGUUCCUAAUGGUGCCUGAACCUACACUGACGCCACUCAGGUAGUAGACGGAUAGGAAACAAGUCAUACUGUUGGAAGUGGGUGUGCUAGCUAGCAUCUGCCUCGUACCUGUGGAAACUCAAUAGCCAUUGCAAGAGUAUUUUUGUUCCUCAAUAAGAGAAAUAAAGAAAUUUGCAGCCCUUUGUUUUUAGAAGGGAGUGUUUUACAUUUUUUUUUUUUUUUGCUUUUUUUCUUCUCCCACCCCCGCCCCCCACCCCAGCGACUGACCUCCUCCAUGUAGCGGUCACACGUGUGCGGUCGGUACCACCCAGGGUCAAGAAGCAGACCCGCAGCCCGGGACUGGGGUGGCGACUGUGCUGCGGGCUCACACCUGCUUCCCCUCCCGAGUCCUCGGAGGACAGGAGACACUGUGCCGCCCCGCUGAUAAGCUCUGGUGGUCACGGUGGCCCUUUAGGAAUACGCACCUCCAUCUCAUAAGCAAAAGCUCCUCCCACUCACCCCUCUUCCCACCCCUGGCCCGAGCAACAUUCACACUGCCAUCAAAGCCGCAGGCGUCCUGGGAUGGGCACCGAACAACCUACCUCGCAGGGCGGGGUGAGGGGUAGUGAUGGCCCCCGGUGCCGGGCAGCUGAGGUGACAGGAGCUUUCCAAAGACACCUUGGAUCCAAAACGCAAGGGUUCUGAAACCACUAUUUGGAAUUGCCCAUGUAUGAGCAAAGAUGACAGUCUGUUCACAUUUCUUCUUUGAAGACACUUCCACAGCGAACUAUCUCCAGAGCACCCCUAGGAAGUGAUCGUUGGUGCCCCAGGAGAGAGGCAAGGGAUUGACCCUUUGGUCACUAUGUAAAGCCCCCCCCUCCCCCCGCAACGAGGCUGCUUUGAAACCUGGCCUGUGCCUCUUUCUAAAGGGAAGGGGCUGAGGGAAGUCGGGAAGGAAGCCCAUCCCCACCUCCACCUGCAUCUGUCUGGGUUCAGCCAGGUAAAGGGGCGUCACUCCCAUUGGGGUCCCCUCUGCAGGGUAGGGGUCACCCUGCCUGUGGCUCCAUGACACAGUGAGGGGCAGCCCCAUCCCUGAGUGGUCCCUUUUUUGGUGCCUCCUACAUUUCUUGAGGAAAAAAAUAAAAUAUGUGUCCUUAGCUACCCUGUUUUGAGCAGCAAUAUGCAGCCUCUUCCUUCCAAGAUUACCUCUGGAGAAUACCAUUCUUGGCCAAGGACACUGAGGAGUUAAAUCUGCCUCACUAAAGAGAGAUCUUGUUUCCAAGAAAUCCAGAUAAGAUGGGUAAAAUCCUCACUAGCAAAAGAAUACUUUAAAACCUUCGAGAGCCUUAGAAUAGCUUCUAAUAACCCUAAGAAAGAAAGGAGAUAGCGCCCAGCUUUGCUGUGGGUGUUUCCUCAGAAAAUGCAGGAGGUAGACCAUCUCUUCAUUGGAGCCAGCUUCUCCUUCUCCAGAAAGGAUGCUUUUCCCUCUGACAUAAAGAGCAGCAAAAAAUAAUAAUAAUAAUAAUAAUAAAAUUUAAAAAAGGAGGGGAUUUUUUUUACUUGUUUGAAGAAUUAUAGUAAACUAAUUUGAGUAUCUCCUGUAAUUCCUUUUUGUUUUUAAUUAUUCCACAGCACGUGGGGUUUUCAGUAAUUUAUCCAAGUUUUGCAUAAGUGGUUCCUUAAAAUUAUUUAUUAAAUAGAAUCUUUAAGAAAUUUUUUGGAAGUUUUACUUUUCAUGCCGAACAAUACUUUCAAUGUGUGGUAAUUACUAACAUCCAUGUCCCUCAUAUUACUGGGGUUUCUUUUGUUACUCAGAAAAAAAAAAGUAAUUUUUUAAAUAUCUCUCAUCACGAGGGUUUGUGGCAGCUUUUUGGACUGAUUCUUUGUGCCCUGCUAGGCAACUGCUUUGCCACCCAAAGUUGAGGUCACAGGAAGUAUUGCAUCACAUAUAGACACUGGCCAUGGCACUAGCCCCUCACUUUAGAAGGUUGAGAGCCAGCCUUGAAAAUGCUUAAUUGUGCGUUUAGAAACCAAACUCAUGUGCACAAGUCAAGAAGGCAUAAAGUAAAAUUAUAUUCGUGUUUUAAUUUUUUAAUGUUAAAGCAGCCAACCAGAAAUUUCCAAAACUGGCUAUGCAAAUAUUUUAUCUUUCUCAUGCCAUGGUUAAAAAAAAAAAAAAAAAAAAAAAAA